AUGGGGGACUGGAGUGCUCUGGGCCUUCUGCUGAACAAGGUCCAGGCGUACUCUACCGGCGUGGGGAAGGUCUGGCUGUCGGUCCUGUUCAUCUUCAGGAUCCUGGUCCUGGGCACUGCAGUUGAAUCAGCCUGGGGAGACGAGCAGUCUGCAUUCAAAUGUAACACACAGCAGCCAGGUUGUGAGAACGUCUGCUAUGACAAAUCUUUCCCCAUCUCCCAUGUCCGCUUCUGGGUCCUCCAGAUCAUCUUUGUGUCAACGCCCACACUUCUCUACCUGGCUCAUGUCUUCUACCUGAACAGGAAGGAACAGAAAUUCAACAGGAAGGAGGAUCUUAAAGCUGUGCAAAAUGAUGGCGGCGAUGUCGACAUCCCGCUGAAGAAAAGUGAAAUGAAAAAGCUAAAGUACGGCAUUGAGGAGCACGGCAAAGUGAAGAUCAAAGGGGCCCUGCUCAGAACCUAUAUACUGAGCAUUUUCUUCAAGUCUAUGUUUGAGGUGGGCUUCCUGGUCAUCCAGUGGUACAUGUACGGCUUCAGCCUUUCUGCAGUCUACAUCUGUGAGAGGUCCCCAUGCCCCCACAGGGUGGACUGUUUCCUGUCCCGUCCCACAGAGAAGACGGUCUUCAUCAUCUUCAUGCUGGUGGUCUCUCUGGUGUCCCUGCUGCUCAACGUCAUCGAGCUUUUAUAUGUGUUUUUUAAGAGGACCACCAACAAAAACGCCUACUGUAACGGUUGUUCCUCCCCGACUGACCCGCUCUCACCCAUGUUCCCCCCAGGAUACAAACUGGCGACAGGGGAGCAUGGAACCGGCUCAUGCCGCAAUUAUAAUAAGCAGGCCAAGGAGCAGAACAGUGCCAACUACUCCAUAGAGCAAACUGGCUUGGCCAGAAUGGCGCAUUCAGCACGACCUGACGACCUGCACGUGUAAGCCCUGGUUCCUCCUCCUCCUCCUCCUCCUCCUC